UUGUCUCUAGAAGCUGGUCAUGUGUCCGAAAUUUUCAAGACAGCCCGUCCUGAAAAAAUCUUGCCUGAAGUAAAUACACUUCAAAUCACUCCAGCUAAAGCAGAUGAUAAUGAUCUCACAGAUCUUAAGGAAGAAGAUUUCUGUGGUGGUGAGAACGAUGUUGAGACUUGGUCUAUUUACAAAUUUCACAAAAGUUGGAACUGUAUUCACGGAGGGGAUCCUGGCCGAAACUACUGUAAAGGUGCAGACGCGCUCGCAAAAAGUCUUCGUGCGAUUGUCAAUAAGAGCCCAGAUUCUAAAAAAAUUAAGAAGGCUAACAAGCUUUUGAGUGAUCUUCAGUUCUCCGCAACUUUUAGUUGCCUCGUAACUUUUAGUUCUCCGCAACUUUUAGUUGCCUCCUGGCGUGCCAACAAAAAUAUAAAUCGCUUACGUAAAAAAAGGAUGAAUGAUAACAAUAUAGAUACAGGAACGAACUGUCUACAAUUUUCAUCUUGCUCUGAUGUACGGAUCGAGUCUGUGGAGUCUGUGUUAGCACCAAAGCGAAGAAAAAACCUUUCACUUUCUAAAAAGAAUAAAGAAAUCAUUGAUUUAACUGAGGAUACAAGUGAUCGCAAGCGGAAGACCCAAAGCAAAGAAAGCGUGAAGAAGCGCGCGCGUGCAGAAACUACCGUUGAUGGGAAGGUGGAUGAUGGUCCGAAGACUCCACCUUGGAAACCUCUUGAAGAAAAAGAGACUAAAGAAAUUACUACCCCACAAAAGCCAAAGCUUUGCGAGCGCUCUUCCCAAUACUUGUUAAAACAUAUAUCGGUGAACAUUAAUGAACAGGGUUUGAUCAUGAAAGGUGAUCAAGAUGUUAUAAUUCUGGAAAUUCCAGAUGAAAUUCAACGAUGGCUCAUAAACGUACUAUCGUCUGAAAAGGAUAGGUUCGUUAGUACUAUCAUGGCUUCACUAAACCCCGAACAUAAAUUUCAGAAGAUAUGCAGAAUAAUUCUUUAUGACUUCGAAGGUUUAAUAGAUCGAAAUAUCGGGGAGAGAAAGUAUACCGUAGAGCAAAUUGUGCCAUUGUUCAAGGCCAUACAGUCGGUUUACAGAGAGUAUAAAUUCGACUGGAUCGAGGUUCAACUUGAAUGUAUCAAGGACAUGAAACUUCUGUUCCCGAACUUCGAUUUAACGUUAAACAAAGCGGAUGGUGUCUGCAUGAAAGCCUCGAACAACAAAGAGAUAGUGUUUAUUGAAGUGUCAGGAGGUCCUGAAGCCACUGUAGAAAAGCAUGUGUGGGAAGAUACUGAAAAACUGAUCAAAGAAGCGAUGUUUGGAUUGUCCUUUCAAAUAGCACAAAUCUUACAUAGGCAAUCUAUUUUAGGAGAUCGAAUGACACUAAGUGAAAUCCGCCUCAUUGAGAAGCAUUUUUAUACGGUUUCACAAAUAAAGUAUUUUCUACAUAUGCCUUUAGAUCUUGUAAGAGCUUUAGUAUAUAAACAACACUUAUGUUCGAUCCUUAGAGAGGACUCGAAGGCCAAAAAAAGUGAACUUAAGAAGCUGGCACUCACCAAACUCAUUAAAGAUGUGCCUACGGUUCGAGAUUGGAUCUGGGUUCCAAAAUCAGUCACGGAAUGGAAAGCUAUUGGAGCUUAA